CUACAGACACCUCAGAUGGCGGCACUCUACGCGCGAGAGGGAGAGGCUCAGCGAGGACCUCAUCCUGAAGACAUCACCUGGGAAGCGGAAGCCGCCCAUUGGCGAAGUGGCGGCAGACGGCGCUGUAGGUUUGAAAGAGAUUGAGGACCAAAGAGGGAAUGUGACCUCCCCCAAAUCACAGAGUAAUUGGUAGAGCUGGACAAGAACCAAACCAAAUUGUGUAACUGAAGAGACCAGAGAUCUUUCUGUUACACUCUUGGGAAGCAGACCCAAAGAUCUUUGCAAAUUAUCUUGUGGGGAAAUAAUGCCUAAAGUCAAAAGAAGCCGGAAAGCUCCUCCAGAUGGCUGGGAGUUGAUUGAGCCAACACUGGAUGAAUUAGAUCAAAAGAUGAGAGAAGCUGAGACAGAGCCUCAUGAAGGAAAGAGGAAAGUGGAAUCCCUGUGGCCCAUCUUCAGGAUCCACCACCAGAAAACCCGCUAUAUUUUUGACCUCUUCUACAAGCGGAAAGCCAUAAGCAGAGAACUGUAUGAAUACUGUAUUAAAGAAGGCUAUGCAGAUAAAAACCUGAUUGCAAAAUGGAAAAAGCAGGGUUAUGAGAAUUUGUGCUGCCUGCGGUGCAUUCAGACAAGGGACACCAAUUUUGGGACAAACUGUAUCUGCCGGGUCCCCAAAAGCAAGCUGGAAGUGGGCCGGAUCAUCGAGUGCACGCACUGCGGCUGCCGGGGCUGCUCUGGCUGAGGCCUACUGGCCCUGGCCUCUCUCCACCAUGGACUUUUUCUGCCUGUUGUGCCACCCACUUUCCUGGGAGCAGCUCCUCUCACAGGGUAGUGCCCCAGGCCUGAAUUGGACCAUAGUCUCUACAUAUGAAGGCUUUGGUGUUUAUUGGCUGUGAUUUGUAGAAAUAAAACUUUGAAACCUC